AUGCAUCUGGGCAUGACCGGCUGGAUCAAGUUCAAGAACGAUGAUACGAGUCAUUAUUAUCGUAAACCGGACGAUGAGAACAAACCUCAGGAAUGGCCGCCGAGAUUCUGGAAGUUCAUCUUGCAGCUGGAGGAUGAUAGUAAUGAGAUUGCGUUUGUGGAUCCAAGAAGACUGGCUCGUAUCAGAGUUGUGGAAGCAGAGGCCAAGGAACUGCGCAAUACCACACCGCUAAAGGAAAAUGGACCCGACCCGGUCAUCGACAAGGAUAUCCUGACGGAAGCUUGGCUGGAGGAGAAAUUGAAGAGCAAGAAAGUGCCUGUCAAAGCACUGAUGCUUGAUCAAGCCAACAUCUCUGGUAUAGGCAACUGGGUCGCUGACGAGAUCUUGUAUCAGGCGAGGAUCCACCCUGAGCAGUACAGCUAUACCUUCUCAUCUGCUCAAACUGCAGCAUUGCACAAAGCGAUGAUGGAUGUUUGCGGUACUGCGGUUGGUGUACUGGCGGACAGCAGUCAGUUUCCAGAGACUUGGCUGAUGAGAUAUCGCUGGGACAAAGGCAAGAAAGACAAGAACGUGUUGCCCAACGGCGACAAGAUUGUGCAUCUGAAGGUUGGAGGCAGGACUUCCGCCAUCGUGCCGAGGGUGCAGAAGAAGACUGGGAAAGUGGCUGGAGAUGUGGGAUCUGCGGAUGAAGUGUCGGAGGGUGCAGCAGAAUCGCAAGAAGAAUCGACAUCAGACGUGCCAAGGAUAAAAUCUCAUCCCAAGAUGUCAAAGGCAAAGGCAAAGGCAAAGAAGCUACAAAUUGCCGACGACAUUGCGGUCGCUGAAGAAGCUAAAUCCAAGCGCACUCGAACAACAAAGCGAAAGGCCGAGCCUGAAAACGAGGAUGCAGACGCAGGUGUCAAGGAAGAGGAACAAGAAGAUGUCAAGCCGAGCAAGAAGAGACAGACCAAGACAAGUCAAGCAAACGGUAGCAAGACAACAAAACCCAAAACCGCAAAGAAGGAAGUCAAGACCGAAGAUGCUAUUGCUGAAGAAGGAACAAGAAGAUCAGGCCGCCUAUCAGGAAAAGGCGUCUGA